AUGGCGUGGCCGGACGAAGAUGUCCGAAAGAACGCUACAGAUUUAUUGGAACUUUUAGUCACCUUGUCUAUGACGUGGAACGUGAAUGUGUUGUUCUCGUACUCCAUCAAGUCGUUGAGCACGGGAAAAGGAGUCAUCACGUUGGGCAUGCCUUCUUCCUUGGUUCCAAGUCAGCACAGUGAGGCCAAGAUGAGUCUUUACGAAAAGCUAAUUGUCAGUCUGGCCUUUCUGUUAGGUAGGAAGAACGAUUACAGCGAUCUCUCUAGGCGACUCAUCUCAAUCGAACGAGACGUUGCCAGGUUUCGCAACGAGAGCAAAGUCUCAACCGCAUUUAACGUGAGGGACUUGGGAAACCUGUGCGCCGAUUUUCCCUGGCAGAGAUGGAUGCUCGCGCUCAACAAAAACCUUCCUGCUAGGAUAGCCCUGACGCCACAGAAGUCAAUAAUAGUGCAUCACCCGUCUUAUAUUGGUAGGCUCUUGACGUACUUCUUGAACCACGACUCGCCUGAAAACAUCAAUGCGUAUCUUGCGCUCCAUGUGCUGCUGAAGUACGGUCAAGCCACAUACGACAUCCGGCAUGUACAGGAAAUAGUGAUUUAUAUGAGUAAGGACGUCCCCGUAAGGGAUAUUAUGAGUACCUGCCAGCAGUGGAUGAGCACGUUUAUGCUCGACGCAUGGAACACGUUCGUCUCUCAGGCCCUGACCAGACCUGAAGAGAUUGAGAGAUUAUCUCAACUCGUAAUUAAUGUCAAGCGCGUGUUUGUCGAUCGAAUUCGUAGACUGUCGUGGAUGGACGCUCGCACCAGGAACAUUUCGAUUCAAAAAGCGAGCAACAUUGCACUAAGCAUUCCUAGAGUAGCGGGCCAUACAUCGUCGUCGAACAAGUCAUCCGUGACCUUACCAGACCUGCAAGGAGACUUUCUGGAGAUGGUUUGCACGAUCGUAGACGCCGUCAGGAACGACGAAGACCUCUUCAUCGGCCAAGUGAUUGACAGGAGUGAUUCGGUAACGGUGCACUCUAAUGUUAACGCAGUUUAUACCUAUAGUCUAAACGUGGUGAACAUAAACGCGGCACUUUUGGUACUACCUUUCUACACGGACGAUCUCCCGGUGCCACUGAACUACGGUGGUAUCGGAACUAUUGUAGCGCACGAGAUAAUACACGGAUUCGACGCUAGUGGACGCCUCUACGACGAUAUCGGGGAAUUCGAGGACUGGUGGAGCAACGAAACGAGUUCCACCUACAGAGAAAUCUCGGCUUGUUUCCAGGAACAGAUGCAGGCACUGUCCCCACGAUCCGGCUCCGUCACACUCGAAGAAAACCUUGCGGACAAUGGAGGAGUCCGCUGUGCAUUCGAUGCCUACGUGUUUGCGGCUAGUCAAGACCGUAGGAUAAUACAACUCAAAGGACUCGACAGCUUCGAAGAGGACCAGCUGUUUUUUCUGAAUUACUGCUACAAAUUCUGCGGGGUCAACCGUGAUGUACAUCCUGGGAAGCGCGGAGGAGAGUCAUCCUAUCCCGUGGAGCGACUGCGCUGUAAUGUGCCCUUGAUGAACCUUCCGGAAUUUUCGAACGCCUUUGACUGCGAGCCGGGAGCCGCGAUGAAUCCGUCUGAAAGAUGUUCCGCCUGGUAG